UCUCUCUUUACCAAUUUUCAACGCACCCCACAGUCUUUUCUUUCUUAUAAACUCUCCAUUUCUGCACUUUUCUCUAUUAUCUUCUUCUUCAAAAAAUUUUCUUCUUUUUAUAUAUAAUUUAAUUAAUCUAAUGAAGAUCCAGUGUGAUGUGUGUAACAAUAAUGAAGCCUCUGUUUUUUGUGUUGCUGAUGAAGCUGCUCUUUGUGAUUCCUGUGAUCAUCGUGUUCAUCAUGCUAAUAAACUAGCUAGCAAACAUCAACGUUUCUCUCUUAUUCAACCUUCACCUAAACAAAUACCUAUUUGCGAUAUUUGUCAGGAAAGAAGGGCUUUUUUGUUUUGUCAACAAGACAGAGCAAUUCUAUGUAGAGAGUGUGAUGUUUCAAUACACAAAGUUAAUCAACAUACACAGAAACAUAACAGAUUUCUAUUAACUGGUGUCAAAAUUUCAGCGAAUUCUUCGCUUUAUACUUCAUCAGAAUCAGCAUCAGCAUCAGCAACUUCAUCUAGUGCAAAUCAAGAUUCUGUUACAAAUCUCAAUAAGUCUCAAAUUUGCACAAAAAAAACUUUGCCUGUUUCUGGUUCUGUUCCUCAAGAAGUGUCAGUGGCAGCUAAUAUUGGGGAAAAUAGUUACACAAGUAGUAUAUCAGAGUACUUAGAGAUGUUACCUGGAUGGCAUGUUGAAGAAUUGCUGAAUUCCUCUACAAUUCCUACUAAUGGUUUCUGUAAGAUUGAUGAUAAUGAUGUGUUUCCGAUUUGGGAUACUGAAAUUGAGAGCACAAUGAAUCCAUUCUCACCAGAAAAUAUAGGUAUUUGGGUCCCUCAAGCACCUCCACCUACUACUCCUCAGAAGAAUCAGAACCAAGUUUUCCCUCAGAAUAUAAACUUUGGUGGACAAAUUGAAUUUAAGAACAUGAAGGAAGUUACAAGUAACAAGUCAAGUAGAAAGUGGAGAGAUGACAAUUCUUUUGCUGUUCCACAAAUCAGCCCAUCAUCAUCUUCUAUUUCCUUCAAAAGAUCAAGAACUCUUUGGUAGUUGGAUCCAAUCAUCUUUUUCUUUAA